AAAUCCGCCAUUUUUAUCAUUUCUCCAAAGCUCUCUUCUCAAAAUCCGCCAUUAAAGCUCACCAUAAAAAGCAUGAAAUUAUCAUCUUAACAAACACCCAUUUCACAAAUUUCAAUCUUUUUUUCAUCUUCUCCGGUUUGUGAUUCUCAAAAAAUGGUUUCACUUGAAGAUUCUAAUUCUCAUAACAGUGUUUCUUCUAGUGCCCAUUUUGGCCAAACACGGCCUUAUUACUACACCCCACCGCCGCCGUCUUCCAUUAAAAUCAACCGUGCAAUGGGUCGUUCUAUGAGAACUAUCCGGUCAACUAUUUUCCGUACUGAUUGCUCUGGUUCUGAACAUUCCGGCGCUAUUUCUGAAAACAUGACAGACUCUGUUAUCGAUAUUCGUCUAGGUGAGCUCGCUAAGAAGCCGCCGGUGAAUAACAAAGGUUCUUCUUCCGAUGAAGAUUAUCUACAACUUUCUCAAGUUUUCAGUGAUUUUUCAGCUUGUAGUAGUGAUAUCUCCGGCGAGUUACAACGAUUAGCAAGUGUUCCUGUUUCGGAUCUGGUAUUAACCCAGAACCCAAAUUCUAAACCCGAACCUGAACCCGAACCCUGUUUAGGGUUUCUAGAAAGAGAGAAAUUUUCAACGGAGAUAAUCGAAAGUAUCUCCCCGGAGGAUCUUCAACCGACGGUGAAGCUUUGUGUUGACAGCUUACAUUCUCCAUCUGUUGCAGUGAAAAGAUCAGCGGCAGCUAAAUUAAGACUAUUAGCAAAGAAUCGAGCUGAUAAUCGAGCGUUAAUCGGAGAAUCCGGUGCAAUUCCGGUGCUUAUACCUCUUCUCCGGUGUACGGAUCCAUGGACACAAGAACACGCAGUUACAGCCCUGUUAAAUCUCUCACUUCACGAACCGAAUAAGGUUUUAAUCACUUCCUCCGGAGCUAUAAAAUCUUUAAUUUACGUUCUGAAAACCGGCACCGACACUUCGAAACAAAACGCUGCUUGUGGGUUAUUAAGCUUAGCUUUGAUUGAUGAAAACAAGCUUUCCAUUGGUGCUUGUGGUGCUAUUCCACCAUUAGUAUGUUUACUUAUCAAUGGAACAAAUAGAGGUAAAAAAGAUGCAUUAACAACCCUUUACAAACUUUGUUCAAUGAAAUUAAAUAAAGAGCGAGCAAUUAGUGCUGGUGCAGUAAAGCCACUUGUUGGACUUGUUUGUGAAGAGGGGAAUGGUUUAGCUGAAAAAGCUAUGGUUGUUUUGAGUUUAUUAACAGGGAUUGAUUCGGGUAAAGAAGCCAUUGUUGAAGAAGGUGGAAUUGCUGCACUUGUUGAAGCUAUUGAAGAUGGUUCUGAUAAAGGAAAAGAAUUUGCUGUGUUGACAUUGUUGCAGCUUUGUAUGGAUAGUGUUAGAAACAGAGGGCUUCUUGUUAGAGAAGGUGGAAUUCCUCCUCUUGUUGCCUUGUCUCAGAAUGGUACUGCCAAAGCUAAACACAAGGCAGAAACACUACUAGGAUACUUGAGAGAACCAAGACAAGAAGCUUCAAGUUCAACUCCUUGAGUGAAAAAUUAUAGUGUUAGACUGGUAUUUCUACUGUAAUGGUUUUGUUCUGUGUAUAGGAACAAGUGUUUUUAAGAGUUUGUACAGAGUGUUUUACUAAAUAAAAAAAAAUUAUAUGAGAAGGUAGUGAGGAAAAAACUGACCUUUUUUUGACUAGGUAAAUUAGAGGAGGGGUUCUUUAUGACCCUCUUUAAGUAUUAACUGGUGCUGGUUUUUGUGGGAGCAGAUGGUUGUUUGCCUAGUUUUAUUGUUUUCUUUUUGGUUUGGUGAGAAUUUGGGUUAUAAUCCUCUAGUUUUGUUUGUGAGGUCCAAGUUCUUGUAGAAAGGUUUUACUAAUUUUCUUGAUUUUUAGGGUGUGAAUAUCAACUAUAGCAUAGUAUGCUAGAAGUUGUUUUUGUUCCCUCUUCUUGAAUAUGAAUAUAUGUUUAAGUGUAUGAAGCAUCAUAUUUUUAGUUUCUUA